AUUUGAUUGGUUAGUUGCAUACAAAAAAAGUAUAAAGUUAACUUUUUAUGAACGACAUAGUUUAAUUUAAACCCUGUGUUUACAUCCGCAAGCCUUGCAUAAAAUAGUCAAUUUGCGACCGCAGCGAUCUGGCAACGCCGCAUAUUUUUCGAGACGCAGAACGCAAGAUAUUUCUUAUCUGUCUUGUAAAAAAAAAUGGAUUAUUUCAUUUCGGUCGGUGCGUAUCUCGGAAAAUCGCAUGCUCGUUGGCAGUAGAGAAGGCCAUCGACUUUCCACGCCCAACGCCCCGUGCCCCCCGCCCGUGGGGAAAAUGGGAAAGCAACAUUAUCUGGCCUCCGUAUCUUCGUCCGUCACAGCCGUCAAAAUGUUCGUCGCGCCAGUUAUCGACUCGACAAUCUCCAUCUCCUAAAAGCACACACAACACACACACACACUCAAUCGCACGCAGGCAGGCCAGCACACACACACACACACACACGUAACCUGCCAGUGGAAGCGCCCUUAAUCUUGGCCAGAAACCACAAGAACAAGAAGAACACCAGCAGCAGCAGCUGGCGGAGGUAAACGGAGGCGCCGCUAGCACUAGCACUAGCACCUAUCAUGUCCGAGAAGCACGGCCAGCUGGGUGAGCAGUGGACGAAAUCAGCGGCGCCAGCAGCCUCGGCACAAGCCUCCAAUUCCAUCCCCAUACAUCUACCGAUUCCCGUAGUGCUUCCCCUCCAGAAACCCAAUGCCAGUCCCUAUGGCAACUGCAGCCUACAGCCAGCGGAUAUUGUCUAUAAUGCAACCCGAUUCCAGGGAUCUGCUAUCCAUGCCAAGGCUUCACCCCUGACCAUAACGCCCGUGGGCCCUGGCAGUGGUGCUCCUGCCGCUGCCCAGAUCUCGCCCACGAGCCACACCCAUGUACCUGUACCUGUAGCCACGCCCAGCGGCUUUGUGCCGCCUCCGUUUCCCAUUGCCGCCGGCGGCGGCGGCAGUGGUGGUGGUGGUGGUGUUGGUGUCACCACAUCCGUGCUCACCCCGAAUCAGUUUGCCACGGCAACUGGAAACACUGGUGCGGGACUGACCUUCGCCAAUGCCUUCACCUUCAACGCGGCCCAGCAACUGGGUCUGGGCAAGAUCAUGCACGCCAUGGGCGGAGCCACUGGUGGAGUGUCAGCGGUAUCCGUACCAGUCACCACAAAUCCAUCAGCGGCUGCUCCUUCGGCUCCCACAAUCACUGGCCAGAGGCAUCCCAAUGACGCAGUGCCAGCGGCCGGUGGAGUGAUCAAUUCCACCAUUGCCGAGAAUGUAAUGAACGCUUUGAGCAACUCCAAAUCAGUGGGAGCUUCAUCGGUGUCCAGCGAUGAGAAGAUGCGAAGGGUGCAGCAGGUGAUCGAGGGCAGCUUAGACGACAAUGCCAAGCUGCAGAUUUCGCAGAUCCUUGAGCGCGUCUCGGGAUUGAAGCCCAUUGAGAAGCUAUUCCUUUAUCUUCGUUUGCCUGGCGAGUGUGCUGACACAGAUCCGCUCAGGCAGCCACAAAAUCCACUGGGAACGCGCUCGGAGAUUAAUCACACCAUCAAUUGGGUGCGUUCCCAUCUGGAGCACGAUGCGCAGGUGUCCAUACCAAAGCAGGAUGUGUACAACGAUUACAUAGCUUAUUGCGAACGCCUCAGUAUCAAACCACUUUCCACGGCGGAUUUCGGCAAAGUGAUGAAGCAGGUAUUUCCGGACGUGCGUCCCCGGAGACUGGGAACGCGAGGAAAUUCCCGAUAUUGCUACGCGGCCAUGCGGAAGACCACCAAACUGACGCCGCCACAACUUCCACAGCUAUGCAAAACCGAGCAGGCCUCAGGUGGUGAAGCCACUGCCGACGUCAGUCAUCUGAAUAACGCCUCUAGUUUGGGUGCAUUACAACAGUCGCCAGGAGGCGAAUCGGAAUGCUGGGAUGUGGUGCGUAGCUGGGCAGAGAAAUUGCUGAACACCAAGCUGGAAAGUGUGGCGGAUUUAAGCUCCCGCAUCAGGAGCAACAAUGCCACAGUUUCGGCCAAAAAGUACACACCCCGUGAACCCAAGGAGAAAAGAGUUUUAGCAGACAUUGGACCCCUGAAGAAGCGGCGCAAAAAGAAACGCAAGGGUUCCACAUCCUCGGAAUCCAGUUGCAAUCAAUUAGUUGCCGGUCAGGAUGCGGGCAGCAGCCAGGAGGCCAGCGACGAACAGCUACUGAAGAUCAAGCAGGAGAUCAUAGACUCGCCCAUUCAGCACCAGCAACCGCCAAUGGGCGCUGCCUACCUUCAGCAGGUGACGCCCAUGAACCUGGCCACAGAUCAGCGAAGCAGUGGCGCUGUGCGCAACCUAACGCCCAAAAUUUUGGAGAUGGGUUCGCCGGCCGUUCUGCUGGCGCAGCAGGAACCGUCGCCCACGGGCAUAGUUAUCAAGGACGAAGUGGAGGACUACACAUCGAACAUUUUCUGCAAGAAGGUCUUAAAGGCGCAGCAAACGAAAGGUUUCUGGGCCAAUUCUCCCAGCAGUGGUACAACGAGCGGUGGCGGUCUUCUGGUACCACCAACAAUCACCACCACCUCGGCCACACCCCCGCCGCCGACGAACUCUAAUAAUUCCCCAGUUCCUGGACCCGGACUCUCCAUGGGUCCGCCAUCACAGAUAAUGAACGCCAGUUCGGUGAGCCCGUCGGGCAGCGUGGAUAGCACGCCCAAGGUGGCCUCCCGAAACCAAAUGAUACUGCGAGCCAAGCGGGUAAUGGCAGCGGAAAAUGCCGCAUUGGCAGCUGCCGCCGAGGACUCCGGACUGCCGGAGAAUCUUGGAUUGCCCAGAGAGCGUGUUAUUAGCAUCUGCAAUAUGGAUAAGCAUGAGCUGGAUGACUACUUUCUGCCUGGCGAGGAUGAGGAGAACUCCGAGGAGCCCGACACCGAGCUGCUUCAAUAUUUUCCGAUGGGAGACGCUGAGGAAAAACAACUAAAUUCCUUGGAUGCUGCCGAACAGAAUUGGAAUCCACAAGAGCCAACGACGAUCAACGACGGUUCUGCACCGGAAGCGAUGCCCGCUCCCGGCCGCGGAGCAGCCAACGCCGCCGUCGUCGUCGUCGCCGCACCAGCAGCGAUGCUGGCACCGGUGCCAGCGUCUACGAUGCUGCCCGGACAGGCUGGAGUGGUUUCUGCCUCAGCGUCUCUGGCCCUAAUGUCAAAAAAGCAUCAGCAACAGCAGCACCAGCUUCAGAGCCUGCAGCAGCAAUUGCUCCAGCGCUCCAAGCAGCUGCCCAAUAUCAGCAAUAACAAGCGAAAGAUCAGCCUGAGCAACGCCUCCAGCAACGGUAGCAACAAGAAUUGCAUUUUCCUGCCCAUUUCUCCGAAUAUCAACGGAUCCAAUGGAUCCAAUGGACCAGUGGCGACCACGACAGCUCUGGGGACGGUGAAUGCCAGCCAAAAUUGCUUCGCUAGUCCGGGUCUGACCAGGAUGAGGCAACGCCCGAAUUUGUUGAGCAAACAGCAAUCUUUGGACUGUGACAAUCGAGAUCCCAUGAUCGGUGCCCAUCGCAAGGUUCGUGGCUAUGUGUAUAGCUAUCCGACGAGCACGUCUGCCUCCGCACCACCCAGUCCCUCGCUGCUCCAACAAUGGAUGGGUGGCAGCUGGUCGUUGAGUGGCGGGAAUAGCUCUAGUUUUGCGGACACCAGUCACAGCGCUGAUCCGCUGGUCAACCAAAACUCAAUGGAUCUGGAGACGAGUCUGGCGCUGACGGGAGCAAACGAACUGGAUACGUCGGAGAUGCAGCGUUCGCAGUCGGUGCCACUCUCUCAAUUGCAACGACGGUGCAGCCAACAGUCGCCCAGUCUACAUUUCUACUCCGAGAACAGCAACAGCCAGCAAUCGGCGCCAUUGAAGGAUACAGGAUUACUCUACGAGGAGGUGGAUGUGGGCUCUCUGAUCUCGCCCAAUUUCAACAGCAAGUUUAAUAGCAUCACGCAGCAGACGGCCACCACGUGCAGCUCGUCGGCGGGCUCAUCGUCCGGCUACAGUAGCGGCGGCUCUGCGGGAAUUGUCUCACGAUCGGUACCCUCCACUCCGCUGCCACAUCAGCACCAAAGCAGCCUAACAUCUUUGAACGGAGCAGGCGUAGCGACGGCCAGUGGAGGUGAUGUUCUGGGAAUCGGAAAUGGAGGCAACUGCGGAGCUGGAAAUGGCUUCUUCACCAUCUCGGACUCAUUCAACUGGGAAGGAUCUACGGGGAGUGGUAACAACCAGGUUGCCUAUGGAUCACAUUCUUACGGUGCCCGCAAUCCACUGGACAUUUCCAAAUCGAUGCCAACGACACCGAUAGCCACACAACGUUUCCGCUACAGUCCAGCGGAGGUGCAUCGUGAUUUUCUCAUUAAUGGCAAUACCAUUGAUAGUUUAACUUCAUCCGCUUUUGGAGCGGGAGGAGGUGCCACCGAUCCGGCAUUGGCACUCAGCACGGACACCCUGAUCGAUGACAGUGCGCCCAGCAGCGCCGGUGUCGUGGAGGCGAUGAUCGGUGUUACAGACAUACUCGACGACUUUUAGAAUUUGCAUGAAGAGAAAGCUCAGGAGGAUCAUGAAAUACCCGAGCGCCAGGAGCCGGAUGAAGUGGAGGAGAGUGAGGUCGAGUCAUCUGCCAAGGAGGACGCCAAUGUGGUGGCCUGUCUGCUGCAGCAUGUAGACCAGUUGUAGAGCCUUCUAUCAUCCGACUCCUGCUGUGUUCAUGUCUCGUUACUUAUUUGUGUUUUAUGUUUUGUCCAAGUCCAUUUUUUUUUUGUUGUUUCUGUUCCAAGAGUUCCAUUUUUCUAUACUUUUUUUUUAAUUGGAAAAUUUAGCUUCUUAACUUAACUACAAAUUCAAUUUACGAUUAUUUCUGAAAGAAAAGCUUAGCUUUAAAUUAGGUUGUGACAAAAUUUAGCACGUUUAUUUAAACAUACAUAGAAAACUGGAACAGAAUCCUGAAAACCUCCUCCACAAACGAGCUUUCUCUUCAUGCCAAUCGCAAAAUAAGAAACAAAAAAUCCAACAAAAUCCUAUCUUCCCUCUGUCUUAACUAAUCAACAGCUUAACUGUGCCUCUAAUUGGUUUCAUGAAAUGAAAUGUCCAACAGCAUUAGAGGUUUAAGUUGACCCGACUUCUGUAAUCUAUCUAUGUAUCUUUACCCUCAGGCCCUUGUUGUACGUAUGCAAUUGGCAUAUUGUUGUAAUUACUAAACAUAAACAUUAACAAACGGAUGGCGAUGGCGAUGACGAUGGCGGACAGCAAAUCGGUUUCCCCUUGCUGUAUGUAGUUGCAUAGUUUUAUCGUUGAACAACAUUACAAAUGAAACGAACUUAAAGUCUGAUUGAAGGAAACGUGUGCAGCGGUUUUAAAAACGAAAACAAAUUUACAAAAUGUUACUGUAAACGAAUGUACAUCUAGAACUAUAGAACCUAACCUCGGCGCUCGACGAGUUUGUCUUCCUGCGACCCUCGAUUGUACAUAUAUAAGUAUAUAUACUUGUUCCACGAGGAUUUUAUAAAGGGUCGCAGCGAAACAGUCUCAGUUCAAAAUUGUCAAAUUUAAAUGUGUGUGUUUGUAUGGUGUUGUAAGGUAUUGAGAAUAGCGAGCUUCGUCAAUUGUUCAUCCAAUUCAUUGGCCUCCUCCUUCGAUUUUAACUAACCCAGCCCCGAUCUACAUAAUAUAUUUGUUACGCUAUAUCUUUAUCUGUCUAUCUUAAACGCUUUUGAUUCUUCGAUUAGUUGUAAGUGUUUGUUUGUUAUACCUGUUUAUUAUUUUUUGUUUAAUUCACGCUUUCUCGGUUCGAUCUGCGCGUGUAGUACUUUAGUUGUGCUAUCAAUUUUUCGAUUUUGUACGAUGUUUUGUAGUUCAUGUUUUCUAAUGCCUGAAUUUCUAGUUGUAGUGUCGUUUCUUGUGCCCAGUUUAUCAGAGUCUUAAGUUCUAUUUUAUCGAUGUGAACAAAGUUUAGCUUUAAACCCUUCUUAUUCAUAAUUCACAUUGCAAAUGAAUGUUAAUUUGUUUGUAAAACAAAGUAAAACACAAGCCCCAAAACCUAUUUUCGUUCUAAAAACAAUAAUGCGGAUCAUGUGAGCAUAAAAUGUUUAUAAAAUUGUAAAGGAAAUAAAUCAUAAAUGUGCCUCA